AUGGCUACCCUCGCAGAGCAUCCCACGGUCGCACCGUCGUAUGAUCAAGAUAUCGAUAGCUUCCUGAACCUCGAUCAACUCACCUACACCUCCUCCGAACCCGCCCGAUCAAAAGCCGCCCUUGGGGGUCAACCCGCCCUCCCCAGCACGGAAUACACCACCGCCGAGAUCCACGGUGCUGGCUUCCCUCAGAAUGGUCAAUCCCCGCUGAGUUUCCAGGGCCCGAGUCACCAGUAUGACGAGCACAAGCAGCAGACCGGUCUCCCCCCGGGUGCCCUGGCCCAGGCCAUGCCUUUCCAGCAGAUGAACAGCAUGGGCUUCGGUGCCAACACCGGGUUUGCCAUGAAUGGCGACAUGUAUUCCGGUCAACUGAAGCGGGAAGAUGCUCCUCUGGAUUUCAACACUAUCCCCGCUCGCAAUAAUUCCGAGAUGGAUCUGGAGUUCCACAACAUGGGGGCGGUUCCGACCUACUAUUCCUCUCCCAGCCCGAGUAGCAAGAGCCAGUUUGUUGACCCGAGUGCCCUGGGAGGCCAGGAGGCCGCUUCCGCUGGCCCAUCCACCCAAGUCGGUCGGAUGUACCCGGGAAUGCACCAGCAGCAGGCUGCGAUGGCCAAGGCCGCCCAACAGAAACAGCAGGAGAUGCUCCGCCAGCAACAGAUGCAGCAGCAACGCCACAUGGAAGAACAACAGGUACCACAGGAAUCGUCUCCCCAGAGCCAGUCGCCGCGCAACUCCAACCCGGCGGUCGAUGAGCGGAUCUCUCGCCUUUUGCAGCAGAUGAGACAGAACGCCAUGGGUUCGCCCGAUGACUCGCCGUCCCCAUCCAUGCUGCCCCAGAUGGCCAAGGCCAGGAAGGAAGAACAGGAUAUGGAUGAAGACGAGCGACUUCUCGCGAGCGAGGAGGGGAAGAAGCUCAGCAGCAAGGAGCGCCGUCAGCUCCGUAACAAGGUGUCUGCGCGCGCCUUCCGCUCCCGGAGAAAGGAAUAUAUUGGUCAGCUUGAGAGUGAAGUUGCCGCCCGAACCAACGAGGCCCAUGAUCUCCGUCUCCACAACCGUGCCUUGUGUGAGGAGAAUGCUCGCCUCACCGACCUCGCUCGCAUGCUUCUCUCCUCGCCCCAAUUCUCUCAGUUCUUCGACGAGAUGAACCCCAGUGGCCUGCCGAUGCCCACGGCGUCGCAGCCUCAGCAGCAGUCGGUCCAGCAACCCCAACAGUCCCAGGCGCAACUGCCACCCCAGCAACCCACCGCGCCUCAACCGUCGUUGCAGUCUCAUCUUCCCAAGGAGACGAACCCGGCCCACGGCGUCCAGGAGUUCGCCAUGCAGCAGAACUCCCAGGUCGGCAUGGUGAUGGUGCCCAACCAGAACGUGGACAUGUCUACGCUGAGCCUGAACGGUACCGGUGGCUGGAACUCCGGGAUUGACGUCAACUAUGGCAACGCCCCCGUCUUUGCUGUGCUCGAGGUUCCCGAGCCUCCGGUGGUCGACACCGCCGCACUCUCUGGCAAGACGUCGGAUCUCGGUGUGCCUGGCCUCCCGGAGGUGACGGGAGCCAAGGUGGAAGCGCCCGUUAUGGAACAGGCCCCGGCGACAGAGGAAACGAACGAGUCGACUGUUGGCGUUGAGAACCCGGACGUCCAUUUUGACGAAUCUGACCCUGCCUUUGCUCUCUUCGCCGACUCUCCUGCCCCGACCGCCCCCGACAGCAACACCACGCAGUUCACUGGUGACUUCUCUUCGGAAAAAUCCGCCCCUACUUUUGAGCUGGUGGUUGAGACCGACUCUCGGGCAGCCGCGAACCGAUUUGCUUACCUUUGCCACAACAUGGAAGCGGCCUUCCAACGCGUCUCCAUGCGCGGAUUCGUCGUCUCCCGGAUAGGAUCCGCAUCAAUUUUUUCGACGGUCCCCGCUCUGCGAGGCUACCGGACGCCCUCCAAGGCGAAGACCGACAGCUCCCCCAUACGCACUCCCAAGCGCGAACCUUCGUCCAAGAAACCGUCCCCAGCUCAGAACGAGAAGCCUAGUACCGCGCCCGAGUCGAAACCUAAGCGGAUAACCAAGAACCCCAAGCCUGUACCAUCCGCGCCGCCCACAGUCAAACCGGUCCCCAGACCACCGCGCAAGGCAGCCCACAAGUCUGAGUCGCCUACUCAGGUCUACCCGCUGAAGAGCACCGCGAACUUCCACAAAGUCAGCCGGCUGCUAGGCACACCGGGGGACCGAUUACUCCCGCCGCUGACGAUCUCUCGACGAGGAGGAAGGGAGACCUACCCCAUCUACAACCAGGAGAUCUGGAACAAGAAUCACGGAAUCGAGUACCUGCCGACCCCGUCCACGGGAAACCAGCCAAUGAAGUCCUACAUCCAGGUGGUGACGACGCCCACCGCGGACACCCCCGGCACCGCCCUUCUCCUCCAUUUUCCCGACAAGCGCUAUAUCUUUGGGCAGAUCUCGGAGGGAUUCCAGCGGGCAUGCACGGAACGCGGAGUUAAAUUUUCCUACCUCACCGAUGUGUUCCUCUCGGGGCGGAUGGAAUGGGCGAAUACCGGUGGAAUGAUCGGCGUUAUCCUGACGCAGGCGGAUGCGCUCGCCAGUGCGGCAACGGCACUGGAAGAGCUCAACCGUGAAAAAGGCAUUUCGAAGGGAAAGGGUGUCAAGGAGGAGCAUGGCGGGUCGUACGCGAUCAAGGAUGGGCAGUUGAUCGACCAGCGACAGCAUCUGACUCUUCACGGCGGACGGAAUCUGGCUCACACCCUGGCCACUGCUCGCAGAUUCGUCUUCCGCAAGGGCAUGCCCGUUUACACGAAGGAGUACGACUCGGAAAGCACGGCCAAUGGCGCGACCAAUGGCGGUGAUCCUUUUGAGAAGCCGUCUUGGUCGGAUAGCAAUAUCAAAGUGUGGGCUAUGCCCGUCAGCCCGCAGUCUUCGUCGCGGUCGCGGGGCAGUUCCAGUUCCAGUCAAAACAGCGCGAGGAAGCGGAGUCUCGAUGAGUUCCAGGAGAAGCCCACCGUCAUGGAUCGGCACGCCGAGGACCAGAUUGCUAGGCAGUCGAUCGUCAACGACAUGUUCAACUCGACGUGGAAGAUGGACGCUUUGACGGAGACUCCGUUGGCUGAAGUGAAGAUGCCUGCAGCCAUGUUUGUCCGCAACCCGGAAACCAAAGACCUUGAACAGUACAAGGGUCCUGCCCCUGGAAGUGAUGAGCCACUCCCCGACAUCAACGUCUUUGUUCGACGGCCCUGGCCAGGCGCCACCGUCGAGAGACUCCCGGCCUCGACGCCGUGUGACGAAGCCGUUUCUUAUGUCGUGCGGAGCCACGAUAUUCGCGGCAAAUUUGACCCCAAGAAAGCAGCCGCACUGAACGUUGCCAGAGGGCCAGACUAUGCUCGCCUGACAAAGGGUGAAACCGUGACCAGCACAGACGGGAAAGAGAUCACCCCGGACAUGGUCCUAGGUCCGGCGCGGCUUGGAAAGGGAUUCGCAGUCGUGGACCUGCCAACGCCGGAGUACGUUGACAACCUGGUCAGCCGGCCGGAAUGGCAGUCCCCUUCCGUAACCACGAACCUGGAGGCGUUCGUAUGGAUCCUGGGACCGGGAGUCGGAGAUCAUCCUCGUCUCCACGAGUUCGUGAAGAGUACGCCCCAUUGCAAGCACACCGUGGCCAGCUCCGAUUAUUCUCCAAACUACCUGUCCAUGGCCAGUAUCGCCCGUCUGUCGGUCAACAUGGCACGGAUCAACAAAGAUAACUACAUCGUGCCUGUUCACGAUAACGUGACUCUCCCCCAGCCCGGGACCGGAUCUGGAAACCCGACUGGUGCGUCGCUGUUCUCGCCACUUGAGUCCGGUCUCGUGAUCAACAUGGAACCCAAUUUUGCGUUCGAUCGUUCGGAGGUGGUCCCGCUGUUCAACGCUGCAUCGGCGUUGGGUAAGAUGCCUCGCUCCGUCACGACCCGAUUACAGACGGUCGAAACGCGUCUGAAAAAAGAACCUUUCCGCAAAAUGCUGGCGCAAUACCAGCGAGACACGCCGGGGGCAGAUGCAGAGAUCAUCGCUCUGGGAACAGGGUCGUCUUCCCCGUCGAAGUACCGUAACGUCUCCGGCACGCUUGUCAAGGUGCCCGGCUACGGAUAUUACCUGCUCGACGCCGGUGAAAACACGCUCGGCCAGCUCAAGCGAGUCUACAACCCCGAGGAGCUACGCGAAGUUCUGCAAAACCUGCGCAUGGUCUGGAUCAGCCAUCUCCACGCUGACCACCACCUCGGCACCGCAUCCAUCAUCAAGGCCUGGUACCGGGAGAACUACCCCGACGGGAUCCCAGCCUCGGACGCCAUCGAGACCGACGCAUCCAAGCUCCUGCAAGAGAAGCGCCUGUUCGUCGUCUCGGACGAACACAUGACCAUGUGGCUGGAAGAAUACGCCAACGUCGAAGACUUCGGCUUCGGCCGCGUGAUGCCUCUCAGCGUCGCGCCCUACACCGAAGACGGCGAAUUCCGAACAAAGCUCACCUACCGCCACUGCCGUGCGGACGGUACCUACCCGGGCCACAACGAGACGCAACCCCCCGGCCCCCAAGUAACGGAACUCAAGUUCGACGAUCCCAACCUGCGCUCCGCCACAGGCCUCUCCAAUCUGCAAGCCGUCAAAGUCUCGCACUGCCGCGGCGCAAUGGCCCUCGUCCUCGAAUUCCCCCACGGAUUCAAGGUCUCCUUCUCAGGCGACUGCCGCCCCUCGCGACCCUUCGCGACAAUCGGCCACGGCUCGACAGUCCUCAUCCACGAAGCCACCUUCCUAGAUAACAUGCGCGGCUCCGCCAUCGCCAAGAAACACUCCACCGUCGCCGAAGCCCUCGAAGUCGGCCGCCUCAUGAACGCCCGCGCCAUCGUCCUCACCCACUUCAGCCAACGCUACCAAAAGACCUCCGCCAUCGAACCGAACCACGCCACAACCGCAACCCCCAAACCCACCGGCGGCUCCGGCCAACUCGUCACCCCCGACAUCCCCGACGACAUCGACAACGACCCAACCCCCACCGCCACCAACAACACCCCCAACAAUGCCCCCAUAACCAUCUACCGCAGCCCCAAGCUCACCAUCCCCAUCGUCGCAGCCUACGACUACAUGCGCAUCCGCGUCGGCGAAAUGCCCACCACGCAAUCCUACGCCGGCGUCAUCGACAAGCUCCACGAGUGCCACGAGCGCCACGUCGCCCUGAUGGCCGAGAAGCAGCGAUUGCUCCGCGAGCGCGAGGAGGCUCUGUUAACGGAGGCGAAGAGGCUGAAACAUAUGGGGAAGGCCAAGGCCAAGACUAAGUCACCGGAGGAGAAGCCUGAGCAGGAAACUCCGACGGCUUUGCCUUCCGCCGGGGAGAUCGAGGAGUUGUACGACGCUAAGGAGAAGGCUGUUUGGUUUGGGAGUGAGAGUGAGGAUGGUUGGGGGACGAGUGAUGGGGAGGGUGGACGGUAA